CUCAUGCAUUUCUCUUCAACAUAAGCAUCGAUGGAGUGAUAAAUUUUUGGAAAGCAAAUAUGAGAGGUUUAAACAUGGAGUACUACCUACCAAUAAUUGUUAUGUUGUUGAUACAAUUUAUAUUUGCAGGUCAAACUCUUGGCACAAGAAUUGCACUUUUGGAGGGUAUGAGCCCAAGGGUAUUUGUAGUGUACCGUAGUGCUUUUGCAACUAUUGUUCUUGCCCCUCUUGCUUAUUUUUCAGGGAGAAACUCUGGCUCAUAUUCCUUAAAUUUAAGGAGUUUUUCCUUGAUAUUCUUGACCUCACUAAUUGGAAUUACAAUGAAUCAAAAUUUAUAUUUUGAGGGUCUAUAUCUUGCUUCUUCUUCAGUUGCAAGUGCCAUUUGCAAUCUUCUUCCGGCAAUCACAUUUGUAAUAGCAGUCUUAGUAGGAAUGGAGAAAGUGAAUAUUCGAAGUUUGAGAAGUAUAGCCAAAAUAGUGGGAACAAUUAUAUGUGUAAGUGGAGCAGUGUCCAUAGCAUUGUUGAAGGGUCCAAAGUUGCUAAAUGCAGAAAGCAUACCUUCAAAAUCAAUCUUUGGUUUAGCCUCAGAAAGUGAUGAGAAUUGGUUGCUUGGAUGUUUGUCUCUUCUAGGAUGCAUUGUUGCAUGGUCAAUUUUUCUAAUUUUGCAGGUUCCAGCUUAUGCAAGUCAUCCAAAUUACUUAUCACUUUCAGCUUGGAUGUGUUUUAUGGCAACAUUACAAUCAGCAGCAGUUACACUAUUCUUGGAGCCAAACCUUAAUGAAUGGAAGAUUAAUUCUCUACUUCAACUUGGUUGUUCAAUAUAUGCAGGAGUUAUGGGUUCUGCAGUAACAUUCUGUCUCCAAACAUGGUGCAUUAAAAGGAGAGGACCUCUCUUCUAUGCUAUGUUUACUCCUGUUUUCACAUUAAUUUGUACUGUAUUGGCUGCUUUAUUACUACAUGAAGAAAUAUACAUUGGAAGCUUGAUAGGUGCAAUUGGAGUGAUCAUUGGUUUGUAUAUUGUGCUUUGGGGUAAAGCUGAAGAUAUAGUUGAUGUGAAAAAGAACAUAGAUCCAAAAGCUAUGGUUGAUGAGACAGAGGAAGCAUAUUGUAAAACUGAUUUAGAAGAACCUCUUUUACAUGCUGAAUCUACCUCACAUCAUUGAUAUUCAUUGAAAGGACAUUGUGCUAUAAUUAAUGAUCAAUAUCAUCACAAUAGAUUAAGUUAUAUUUUAUCUUGUUAUGUUUGUAUAAGUUCUCUGUUAUAAGAGAAUUAGAAAAUGAAAUUAAUCUC